UCUCAUUACUUCUGUUUCAGCUUUGUUGAAAUCGUGAACAAUUGAGACAGCCAUUUAUUUUUUAAUGGUGUAUUAAGUUUGAUCAUCGGAAUGAGUAUUACUGGUUGUUUGGUGUAAAAUGAGAUUAUUUGUUUUGAAUUUUAAGACGGAAUAGUGUUCCAUGAUCAUAGUUAUAGGUGGUAACCACGUUCGAGCAGGAUGUAAAUUUUUCGAUCAAAAUGGGUUGUGUUUACUUGUUCAUAAAUAGUCUAUUUGUGACUAUCUAUUCCUCUCAAAAAGCAAAAGAUCAUUUUUGGUCAUUUCCAUUUUUUACAUAGUUACUGUACGGAAUGGUAUAAAUACUCACUCAAAACUAGAAAAAUAUUGCAAAUGAUGAUAAUAAGAGCAUGUAAAGGUUCUUGUAUCGAAAUCGGAUCUAGCACAUACCGAAAUUAUCAAACAACUGGAACGAUCAUUCGAUUAUCUAUGUCUUAGGUUACAACGUUAGCAUCUGUAAUACGUAAACCUGCCCCCACAUAUUAGUGCUUAUACUAGGGAGUAGGGACAAUUGCAGCUGCAGAAUGCUGAGAAAAAUCUGAUAUAAUUUUGAUCAAGGCGUAUUUAUUCAUGCUGUUAUGAUAUUAUUUAGUAUGAAGUAGUUUAUUCCAGCAAUACUCCUCUGUGCUUGUUGCCGCUUGAGUCUUGACACUUCUUAGCUCGGCAGCUCACCGAUAUUGCCCCCUACUACUCCUCUCAGUGGCUGCAUCUAACACAUAUACACACAAUUGAACUGCACUUGCAAGACUUCUCGCUUCGCUCCUAUGAUAUGACUAAGCGACCGCGAAUCAGCUGUGUUUGUGAGCAAAACUGCGUCGCAUACGUUCCGCAGCGUUUAUUAUUUUGCGAGAAAAUUUAGUUGAUUUGUCCCGCUUUUUGUAACGAAAAAGCAUAAUAUGGACAACGAUAAAAGUCCACUGCUCCAAGAGAGAACAGACAAACCACCACCUUACACACCCACACCCACUACCCAAGCAUCUUCAUCUUGGCAACCACCUCCAGGGUAUUUUCCUUCCUCAGAAACCUCAUAUCAACAAGCUUAUACACCUAGCAGUUAUGGAACCACACAAAACACUACAACAAUAAUCGUUCCUGAAAUCAUUCUAGUUGGUGCAUGUCCAGCGUGUCGAAUCGGCGUAUUAGAAGAUGAUUAUCCCUGUUUAGGAAUUUUUUGUGCUAUAUUCUUCUUUCCGCUAGGUAUUCUUUGUUGUUUGUUGCUGAAAAACAGGCGAUGUUCUAAUUGUGGUGCUUACUUUGGCUGAUACAUGUAAAAGAACUAUCUAGUUGAUGAAAUAUUGAAAAAUUCCAAAAUUUCAAUCUUGAAUGCAUCAUGUCAGAAUUUAUAGUGGCAAAUAUUUAUAAAUUUGCAUUAGUGCCUGGCUUUAAUACAUUUAAUUUUUCUAAAUUAAAUUCUAUGAAGAUAUUAAAUUUUCUUUACUUUGUUAUAUCUGUGCGUUUUUGAUGUUUAGGCAGGAUUCUUAUUGAUCAAUUAAGGUAUAGAAUUUUGAGCAAGCAAACUCUUAUUUAUUACAUAUUUAAGUAAAAUUAUAUAAUAUAAGUAUUCACUAUAAAUAUUAAAAUGUGAAUGAUUGUUGAACAGUUUCACUUAGCUGGCAAUCCAAAGUGGACAAAAGUUAUUCAAACAGUGUAAUUUAUAGACUCUUCAAUCUUCAAGUGAAAUUUGAACAUUUUCAAAGAAUAUAACUAUAUCUGAAUAUUUUUAAUAUCUGUUAAAACUGUUAAUAUUGCUUUUCUACUCAAUUUGUGAUAAACAUCAAUAUAUAGAACGUAAGUGUUUUGGUAUUAGCUAUGAUCAAAUAUAACUUUUUUUUAAUUAAUCAAACUUACAACUUUUAAUCAAAAUAUAUUUAAAUAAGUCCAAUAGAAUUUAUAUGUGUAAGUUAUGUGCAGUUUUAUAAAAAAAGCUUUUGUACAUUUAAAAUUUGAUACUUUUAUGAAAUUGUUAAAAUAUAUGAUAUUGAAUUGUUGAAACCAAAAAGUUAUAAACUUAAUUCGUGAAUUAUGACAAGGUAAUUGAAAAAAAAUUAUUACUAUUAAGUGUUAAUAUAGUUUUUGAAAUAUAUACUUACACCAAUCAUAAAUGACAAUGAUGUAGUUUUUUUACUCAGUACCUGAUGAUUAAUACCUAAUAUUUACUAAAUUUCAACUAUUAUUCGUUCAAGUUAAUCUUAUUUGAUUUAUAAUGUAGUUUAUUAUUUAUUUAAUCUUUUGAUUGCUUUAAUUUUGACUGAUUGAUAAACUAUGCAAAUAAAUUAUUUGAAACUUUUAUUUCUUGAACAAAGUCAAGUGCUCAGCGAUAUAGAUAUCCAAAGCAAGCAAAAUUAAACUGGACAAAUCCUAAAUCGAGAAGAAAUGUUUCGUUUUCUGAUGCGAUGGAUGGCGGCCCCCCACAGGAACUCGUCUCUCUCUCUCUCUCUCUCUCUCUCUAUAACAAUGUGCAAUAAUUUCAAGGUCGACCCGUCUCCUCCCUCGGGUUAAAAUAAAACUGCGCCGCUCGAAAUCGAAUAUUUUUCCGAAUUUGAGAAGCGAUUUUAUUUUAUAUUACACAAUUAUGCAAGCCCACGCCGAGUAAACUUGAUAUUGCUGCAUACAUAUUAGAGGUGGCACAUGACGUGCUCGACAACCUGUUGAAUUAAGAUUAAUAAAAAAGAAACUUAUAUUUAAUCAGCACUUUUGCGCGAAGCAAAAUUACUCAUGCGCCAGUUCGAUUACCGAGAAAUAGAUACGUUUUCAGGUAAAGAAGGUAGGAUAUGGAUCGAAAAUUUGAACAUACAAGAUAUACAAUUUCUUUCUUCUUCAAUUUUUUUUUUCAAUUUUUUCCCGGUACGCGACGGUGCGACCGGAGCACGCAUGUAAGCGACAUGUGCACGCACUUGUAUUACGCGUCAGCGUCGUCGACUCUUAUAAACUUUGUUAUCUCUCUCGCCGGCUUCUUCGUAAUAUUUAGGCCAAUUACGCGAGAGGCAUCAAUCAAACUAUAUUAUUUAAAAAAGACAGACGCAGAGGUAAACCGUUUUAUAUAAAAUGAAAAUAAUGAAGAAAAAAAAAAA